GAUGCGAAGAGGCCGGCGUGUUCGACGUGUGUGAGAUCGCAUGCGCAUGCAGUGAGCCAUGCACCGGCGGGGGUGGAGGUCCCAGCGGUACCCGAGUGCUCCUACGACGAGAUACCUGAGGCAUCGAGUUCAUCGUCGGAUGGCCCGAAGAGUCGAUAUGAGAGGCUGGAAAAUAGAAUCAAUGAACUGGAAGCCCUGCUUCGCCAGAAGGACCAGGCAGAAGCCCUCGGUAACGGCGGCCCACCUCCUGCAUCGUUCUUCCCCGCCCCAGGUCCAGGCCACCACUACCGCCACAUGGGGUUCGCUGACUACAGCUUCGCCGCCCAAGCAUACCCCACUCCUGAUGCAGUGGGGUACCAGACACAUAUACCGUCCCCCUUCGAAGCGCGGAUCGACUCGGUGUCGCCGACGGGAUUCGGGGCGUCGUCGACGAACAGCCCGGCUACUGGAAGUGGUAGUGAUGGCCUUGUAUGGUCCUCAUGGUCGCCGAAGCUUCCAAAGCCAGAACUAGUACGACAUCUGGUCGAUGCAUUCUUUUCUUUCCAUCCGAACGCAAGUCGGCUGUUCCACGCGCCUACGUUCAUGUCCGCGCUUUCAUUGCCGCCUGGCCAUGCCAAGUUUCCGAAUCCUGCUAUUCUACAUGCUAUCUGUGCACUCGCUAGUCUGUACACGGCAGCAGUAACUUCACCUCCUCGAUUGAAUCCAGAAGAGCCACCAGAUGAACUAUUCCGACGGCGGCAUAAACCGAAACAAGGUCGUGUAGAUACGUUCGCUGAUACGCAGGCAGAUUUUGCAAGAGAUUCCUGUGACGAGCAGUGGAGCAUGGGCGAAAAUCUCUUUGAGGUGCUGCAAGCCCGAGUUAUUCUGACAUACUUCUACUUGGCUCAUGCUCGAUGGAGUGAAGUAUACCUAGCCGCCUCAACCAUAAUGCGAAUAUCAGUGGCAUGCGGACUCAAUUGUUGCGCGCCAUUCCACACGAUCGCUAACUCUACAAGACCACUGUCCUUGUUGCCCCGCGCAGAAACCACAGUUGAGGAUGAAACACGUCGGAAUACGUUCUGGUUGGCGUACUGCGCCGAGCGGCUGCACGGGUGCGGGAACGGAUGGGCUUUGUGUCUCGACGAUAUGGACGUGACGCAGCUACUUCCCGUUCGCGGCGACCAAUUCAUCCAGGGUUCGCUCGUCGCCACUCAGCAUCGACAAUGGGCGCACAGCAAAGACUUGUUCCACAACCAUCCAGAUGACCACACGGACUCGUUUACACUCUACGUUAAAGCUGUCAUGUUACUCUCCAGAGUGAAGAACUUCAACUUACGGUUCCGGACGCGGCAGUUCUCCGGGGACCCAGCCACCAUGCCUACAAAGCCGUCAGAUCCAAGGCACCCCGACGACCCGCGCACGACAGCCGCGUUCAUGGAAAUCGACGAUUUCAUCUCCUCCUUCAGGGCGUCAUUCCCCCGACAUUUAAAUAAUCCCAUCGACGGGGACGGCACCGUCGACUGGCAUUUAUAUACAGCGUGCUUGGUACCGCACGUGGCCUCCAUCCUACUUCACGAGCCGCACGCCGAUCUCGAGCAUGGGGGUUGCGCGUCCUCAUGUCGUAUCCUAGAAGCUUCCCGCGCUAUCUUAGACUUGGUGUAUGCUCUCACCUCUACCAGUUAUGAUAUCUCACUCUUGGAUAAUUUCUCUACGUUUGCUUGGUUCCUGGCUGGCCGCAUCCUGGUUCGUUUUCUCGAGGCGGCCCAGCUGGCGAAUGGACGAGAUCAGAUACCUACUUUAGUGAACGAAAUCACGUACAUCAGGGUCGCGAUCGCGAAAAUGGGAGAACGGGUCCCGCUUGCCUAUCGCUACGGCAAGAUGCUGAACGACUUCCUCGUCCAAAAAUGUGGCGAGGCCCAUGCGCCACCUGUGUCCGCCUUGGCUCCGCGCUGGCCCAUAGCGCCGGUUCCGACUCCUGUCACUUCGUAUUAUGAAGCAGCUGAGGGCGGUAUGCACUUUGAUUCAAUUGCGUGUGGGAGGAUGGGGAUGCCGCCUUCGCAGUCAUAUCCGCAUAAUCCGUAA